ACGCCUUGAAAUAUAAGGUAAUAUCACAGUGUACAACACUGCACGCCGCCUUGUGAGUGUCCGGUCGUACUGGUUUUCUACAUCGGCAGCGCUUCAGCCCCAUCUGCACUUUUGGAUUCGCCUCCUCUCGCCCAAAACGACUAGCAAACUCCUCCCCGUGCAAGCUCCUCCCAACUGUUAACUCUAGCGCUGAACUCCAAGUCUUGUCUGCUUGCCUCGUUUCAGCGUCAAGCAGCACCAGUACUGCAGUCAGGACGUGCAAUCCCACCAUCAAAUCUAGCCAAAUCCGACCAAAAGGUCAAAUUAUAAAGUAUCCAAAAUGGACGAGCUCCCACAAGUCCCUCCGCCGGGUACCAGCCCGCGGUCCAGUAGCUCCUGGCGCCGCAGUGAUCACCCCGUGGCUCGCGUUGCCCCCAUCGCCACCACCACGUGCCAAGUCUGCUCCGAAAGCAUCGCCAAGGGCGAAUGGCAACUCGGAUUCAUGUUCAUCCACGUUGAAGGCUUCAUGAUCACGGAAUGGUAUCACUUGCAGUGCUCCGAGUCAUUGUACACCCGUGACAUCCUCCAGAAUGUGCAGAGCGAGAUGACUCCGGAGCAGAAGGAAGACUUCCAGCAGGCUUGCCAAAAGGUAGCAAACCCAUAACAAGAAACACAAAAGAUCGUGAAGUAAAGAUCUUAAUAGAUAGAAAACCAGUAGACCAAGGAAAAAACUGCCAUGAAUUACGAUA